AUGGAUUUAUCACUGCAAGAAUAUGAUUCCACACAAUUUUGUUUUCCUGCACUGAACAAUUCUUGCAUAAAAAACACAAACAGCAUAAUCACACAGACAAUGUUGUAUCUCAUUUUGUUGUCAGCGAUGAUUGUGACCAUUCUAGGAAACUCAGUGGUCAUCAUCUCAAUAGCGCACUUCAGACAGCUCCAAACACCCACCAACAUACUGGUGAUGUCUCUGGCUCUGGCGGAUCUGCUGCUGGGAGUGAUGGUCAUACCGUUCAGUAUGGUUCGCUCUGUCGAUGGCUGCUGGUAUUAUGGAGAAGCCAUCUGUUUGUUUCACUCCAGUUUUGACUUGUUUCUCACAUCUGUGUCUAUUUUUCAUCUCAUUUUUAUUGCUAUUGAUAGAUAUCAGGCCGUGUGUCAUCCGCUUCAGUACCCUACACGAGUCACUAUACCUGUUGCUUGGGUCAUGGUGCUGUUAAGCUGGAGUUUGGCUGCUUUGUAUUCUUUCGGCCUUGUGUACUCAAAAGCCAAUGUGGAAGGAAUGGAUGAAUAUUUUGCAUCGAUAGACUGUAUAGGAACUUGCAAUCUCUAUUUCAAUGCAUUGUGGUCAGUUUUAGACACAUUAUUUACUUUCUUUGUGCCUUGUUCUGUCAUGAUCGGACUGUACGCCAGGAUUUUUUUUGUGGCUAGAAAGCAUGCAAGAAACAUUGGUGACCAGCAUGAACAUGAGAACACGUUUAAGACUUCUCGAAAGUCUGAGCGCAAAGCAGCAAAAACCCUCGGUAUUGUCGUGGGUGCUUUUAUUCUUUGCUGGUUGCCAUAUUUUAUCAACUCUAUGAUGGACCCUUACCUGAACUUUUCCACUCCAUUUGAGCUCUUUGAUACAUUUAGCUGGUUAGGCUACUUUAAUUCUACCAUAAACCCCAUUAUAUAUGGACUUUUCUAUCCAUGGUUUAGAAAAACACUUUAUCUUAUUGUAACACUGCGAAUAUUUGAACCUAACUCCUCUGAUAUUAGUGUUUUCACUAUUUGA